UGCAAAUGCCUAGCAAAUGCGAUCUUAAAGGCUGAGCAAAUCACCAAAAUGGCGUCGACAGAAGCAGAAUCGUCUCCAGAAACCCGACAGGCGCAAUUCGAACAAGGCGUAGCAAUCUCGCUACACCUAUGGGUCUCUCUUACGGUCGCAGUCCAAAACAGCCUAGGCGGUCCCGAUUCCGAUGACAAGCGCGACUGGUUCGCAGGCGCUAUUGUCGACAUGUUUCCAAGCUUCGUCAACCUAGCCAAGCCGCGCAAACCGUCCCAGAAGGUACCUCAAGAUCCGAUUGCAGAAGACGUCGAAGCCACUUUAUUGCAAGUCAUGUGGGACGAAUUUGAGACCAACGUCGAUGAUGACUCGGAAGUAGAAGUGGCCGAUCGCAUCGUGAAGAUCCGCACGCAGUGCGCCACCGGAAGUUUCGAGUUUGUGGAAGAGUUGCGACGUAGAUGGCUGGCUACGAAGGGCAAGACUAUUAAGAUGCAAGAGGUGGAUGGAGGAGAUCAGGAAACUGACUGGGAAAGCGACGACGACGACGAUGAUGAAGAGGACGAGGACGUUGAGAUGGACGAAGCGCCCGCCUUAGUCGCGGCACCUAAGGAGCGCCCUCCACCAGAAGUAGACGAAGAUGGCUUUACAAAAGUUACGCGAAAGAAGCGUUGAGUAAUAGCAUAUGAGAUAUGAAGUCUUCUGCCGCAAACCCUGGAGGAUAGGGUAGCUGGUAGUGAUGCGGCAUGAUAUGGCAUAGCAGUUUUGCAAUGAAAUGUGCUUGUAAGGAUAUACAAGAGUAGCAGGGAGAACAAUAUCAUGCAUUCGAAGCCAUCCGAAAAGAACCAACCGACGCCAACGAUAACUCCAAAGUCAUAUCAAUCAAAUCAGCAGAGUGCCAACAAGCCAACCUUCAGACAGCACUAUUACUCCCAUUCCUCAUCGUCGCUGUCAUCGCUGUCCUCUGCUUUCCGAGUUUCCAUUGGGCUAUUAGG